CGCUGCACCACAGGCCAGAGACAGACUGGGCCGGGAAGAGCUGGAGACUGAGGAGGAGGCGGAGGCGGCGGCAGAGGCGGGGCGACUCCAGUGACCGGGAGCGCCGCAGACUGGCAGCUGCGGCGACUCCCCCCUUUGUGUCUGGUCUGCUCGGAGCCACUGGAAGUGCUUCCCGGAGGGGCGCAGGGUGUCUCGCCUCCUUGCUGCCCACCCCCUUCCCCGGCUGCCUUCCUCCGCCCUCCCGCCGCCCCCCGCCCUCGGCCCGCGACGCCCGAGCUCCGCCGGGAGCCCAGAGCUGCGGGAGAACGAGGCGGCGGCGGCGGCGGCGGCGGCGGCUUCCUCGGGGGGUUGUGAUUCUCCCACAGGAGCCAUUGACUGGAGAAGACAAGGCUUUCAUGGUGGAAUUUACCUCAGGCAAGAUCGAGCCGCCGGAAUAAAAAGCGAGGAAGGGAAGGGAGCACCGCUGGGAGGACUAGAAGGGGCAGCCUCUUGCACCCCCUCCGCUCGCCGUCUCGGGGAGCUCGAGCCCGGGCCGCGACCCCUCCCCUCCCCCGCUCCCACCUCCCUUCAGCCCUCGCCAGGGCCUUUCCGACCCUCGCACGAUUGUUCCGCAAAGGCGUGGGGACUGUGGGCUUGUCCAUGGAGGCAGGCACUUUUUUCGAUUCAGUCGAGGAAGAGGAUUUGUUCUCGAAAUCACAGUGAGGGAAGCACCGAAGCGAAACUUAAGGAAUCCUGCCUUCCUGGAGCCGCUGGCGAUGCGACUGGGUCCGCCGGGCGCCGCCGCCGCCCGCCCGGCUUCGCCCUUCCUGGCAGUCGGGAACUAGUUCUGAACUCGUCCCCCGGCCUCGGAUCGAUCCCCGCCCUCCGCACCGUGGAUAUGUUUUCUCCCAGACCUGGAUAUUUUUUUGAUAUUGUGAAACUACGAGGGAAAUAACUUGGGUGAUUUCGUCUUGGAUCCCUGCUUUCCCCACGGACAUGCCUUCAGUUUGGAUGGCUGCAGCACCCCAUCCGAGGCGAAGGAACCCCCCCCAGCCGCGAGGGAGAGAAAUGAAGGGAAUUUCUGCAGCGGCAUGAAAGCUCUGCAGCUAGGUCCUCUCAUCUGCCAUUUGUCCUUUCAAACUGCAUUGUGAUACGGGCACGAUCAGUCCACGGGAGAGGAGACGAACCUCCCGGCUGUUUCUCCGCGGGUAUCCACUUCCCGUAUUUCUUUUCUUUGCUCUCCUGCUUCUUGGCUGGCCCAGGGAUGACUUCCUCGCUGCAGCGGCCCUGGCGGGUGCCCUGGCUACCAUGGACCAUCCUGCUGGUCAGCGCUGCGGCCGCUUCGCAGAAUCAAGAACGGCUAUGUGCAUUUAAAGAUCCAUAUCAGCAAGACCUUGGGAUAGGUGAGAGUCGAAUCUCUCAUGAAAAUGGAACAAUAUUAUGCUCAAAAGGUAGCACCUGCUAUGGCCUUUGGGAGAAAUCAAAAGGGGACAUCAAUCUUGUAAAACAAGGAUGUUGGUCUCACAUUGGGGAUCCCCAAGAGUGUCACUAUGAAGAAUGUGUAGUAACUACCACUCCUCCCUCAAUUCAAAAUGGAACAUACCGUUUCUGCUGUUGUAGCACAGAUUUAUGUAAUGUCAACUUUACUGAGAAUUUUCCACCUCCUGACACAACACCACUUAGUCCACCUCAUUCAUUUAACCGAGAUGAGACAAUAAUCAUUGCUUUGACAUCAGUCUCUGUGUUAGCUGUUUUGAUAGUUGCCUUAUGGUUUGGAUACAGAAUGUUGACAGGAGACCGUAAACAAGGUCUUCACAGUAUGAACAUGAUGGAGGCAGCAGCAUCCGAACCCUCUCUUGACCUAGAUAAUCUGAAACUGUUGGAGGUAAGUUUGCUUUCGUUGGAUCUUCAUGGACUCCUAGCCUAUUUGCAAAUUCUUUAUAAGGAUGCUAACUUACCUCUUCAUGUUAAAGGAUCUUUAUGCAAGUAUUUAAGUCUCCACACAAGUGACUGGGUAAGCUCUUGCCGUCUUGCUCAUUCUGUGACCAGAGGACUGGCCUAUCUUCACACAGAAUUACCACGAGGAGACCAUUAUAAACCUGCAAUUUCCCAUCGAGAUUUAAACAGCAGAAAUGUUCUAGUGAAAAAUGAUGGAACCUGUGUUAUUAGUGACUUUGGAUUGUCCAUGAGGCUAACUGGAAAUAGACUAGUGCGCCCAGGGGAAGAAGAUAAUGCAGCCAUAAGUGAGGUUGGCACUAUCAGAUAUAUGGCACCAGAAGUGCUAGAAGGAGCUGUGAACUUGAGGGACUGUGAAUCAGCUUUGAAACAAGUAGACAUGUAUGCUCUUGGACUAAUCUAUUGGGAGAUAUUUAUGAGAUGUACAGACCUCUUCCCAGGGGAAUCCGUACCAGAGUACCAGAUGGCUUUUCAGACAGAGGUUGGAAACCAUCCCACUUUCGAGGAUAUGCAGGUUCUUGUGUCUAGAGAAAAACAGAGACCCAAGUUCCCAGAAGCCUGGAAAGAAAAUAGCCUGGCAGUGAGGUCACUCAAGGAGACAAUCGAAGACUGUUGGGACCAGGAUGCAGAGGCUCGGCUUACUGCACAGUGUGCUGAGGAAAGGAUGGCUGAACUUAUGAUGAUUUGGGAAAGAAACAAAUCUGUGAGCCCAACAGUCAAUCCAAUGUCUACUGCUAUGCAGAAUGAACGCAACCUGUCACAUAAUAGGCGUGUGCCAAAAAUUGGUCCUUAUCCAGAUUAUUCUUCCUCCUCAUACAUUGAAGACUCUGUCCAUCACACUGACAGCAUUGUGAAGAAUAUUUCCUCUGAGCAUUCUAUGUCCAGCACACCUUUGACUAUAGGGGAAAAGAACCGAAAUUCAAUUAACUAUGAACGACAGCAAGCACAAGCUCGAAUCCCCAGCCCUGAAACAAGUGUCACUAGCCUCUCCACCAACACAACAACCACAAACACCACAGGCCUCACGCCAAGUACUGGCAUGACCACUAUAUCUGAGAUGCCAUACCCAGAUGAAACAAAUCUGCAUGCCACAAAUGUUGCACAAUCAAUUGGGCCAACCCCUGUCUGCUUACAGCUGACAGAAGAAGACUUGGAGACCAACAAACUAGACCCAAAAGAAGUUGAUAAGAACCUUAAGGAAAGCUCUGAUGAGAAUCUGAUGGAGCACUCUCUUAAACAGUUCAGUGGGCCAGACCCACUGAGCAGUACUAGUUCUAGCCUGCUUUACCCACUCAUAAAACUUGCAGUAGAAGCAACUGGACAGCAGGACUUCACACAGGCUGCAAAUGGCCAAGCAUGUUUAAUUCCUGAUGUUCUGCCUACUCAGAUCUAUCCCCUCCCCAAGCAACAGAACCUUCCCAAGAGACCUACUAGUUUGCCUUUAAACACCAAAAAUUCAACAAAGGAGCCCCGGUUAAAAUUUGGCAGCAAGCACAAAUCAAACUUGAAACAAGUAGAAACUGGAGUUGCAAAGAUGAAUACAAUCAAUGCAGCAGAACCUCAUGUGGUGACAGUCACCAUGAAUGGUGUGGCAGGUAGAAACCACAGUGUUAACUCCCAUGCUGCUACAACCCAAUAUGCCAAUGGGACAGUACCAUCUGGCCAAACAACCAACAUAGUGACACAUAGGGCCCAAGAAAUGCUGCAGAAUCAGUUUAUCAGUGAGGAUACCCGGCUGAAUAUUAAUUCCAGUCCUGAUGAGCAUGAGCCUUUACUGAGACGAGAGCAACAAGCUGGCCACGAUGAAGGUGUUCUGGAUCGUCUUGUGGACAGGAGGGAACGGCCACUAGAAGGUGGCCGAACUAAUUCCAAUAACAACAACAGCAAUCCAUGUUCAGAACAAGAUGUUCUUACACAGGGUGUUCCAAGCACAGCAGCAGAUCCUGGGCCAUCAAAGCCCAGAAGAGCACAGAGGCCUAAUUCUCUGGAUCUUUCAGCCACAAAUGUCCUGGAUGGCAGCAGUAUACAGAGUGAGUCAACACAAGAUGGCAAAUCAGGAUCAGGUGAAAAGAUCAAGAAACGUGUGAAAACUCCCUAUUCUCUUAAGCGGUGGCGUCCCUCCACCUGGGUCAUCUCCACUGAAUCACUGGACUGUGAAGUCAACAACAAUGGCAGUAACAGGGCAGUUCAUUCCAAAUCCAGCACUGCUGUUUACCUUGCAGAAGGAGGCACUGCCACAACCAUGGUGUCUAAAGAUAUAGGAAUGAACUGUCUGUGAAAUGUUUUCAAGCCUAUGGAGUGAAAUUAUUUUUUGCAUCAUUUAAACAUGCAGAAGACGUUUAAAAAAAAAAACAAAAAAACUGCUUUAUCCUCCUGUCACCACCCCCUCCCACCCCUGCAACAAGGACUUGCUUUAAAUAGAUUUCAGCUAUGCAGAAAAAUUUAGCUUAUGCUUCCAUAUUUUUAAAUUUUGUUUUUUAAGUUUUGCACUUUUGUUUAGUCUCGCUAAAGUUAUAUUUGUCUGUUACGACCACAGAGUUAUAUGUGUGUGUAUCAAAAGUGGUCUCAAAAUAUUUUUUUAAGAAAAAAAGCAAAAACAAUGUAUUGCUGAUAAUCAGUUUGGACCAGUUUCUUAAGGUCAUUAAAACAGAAGCGAAUUAAGACAGGUUUGAGUACAGUGGUGUCUGGUAUCCAUGUUUUCUUUCUGGGCACAAGCUAGUUUUUUAUGUUGAUGUGUUCCUGAACAUAUUAUCUGUUGGACAUCUUUCUCUUGUGUUUUGUUUGAAUGUGCAAUAGUUUAUAGGCCACAAGUAAGCAUUCUUGUAAGCUCUCUUCCUAAUAGGGCACAUAUUCUUCCAUAAUAUAAGCAUUUUUUCUGCCUCAUCUCCCAUACUUUUGUAGGUCAGUUCUAUGACAGUGAAUUUUGCACAGGAGAAGCAGCUACCUGAUUUCUCACUUUCUCCCUCCUUGUCAAGGAGAAUGCAGAAAUAUUGUCUUAAAGGGCUCUAAAGAAGGAACUACCAAAACCUGAUUUUAAAUGCCAUUACUUUUAACCUUCCAAAUCCUAAAUAUUUUCUUCCAGGCAUUUUAAUAAACAUAUUUGCUUCUGGUUUUGGGAGUUCAUAAAAGAGAAUAGAACAAAAUACAGGACAUCAAAUAUUAGCCAUUUCCCAUUUUAUUUUAUUUUUCUGUGUAUGCUCAUGUUCCAUGUUCAUUUAUUUAAGAAAUACAUUUUUAUUGGUAAGCUUAUAGAGCUAUACUUAUGAAAUUUUUAAGUAGGUAAAUAAAUAAUUAAGACAAAAUAGUGUUAUAGCCUUUAUUCUCUGAAUAGGUCAUCUUUGACUCAUAAAAUUACACUUACUGUUUAUUAUAACUUCAGAAGUAAUUUAUAGUUCUGAAUCUGUAGUAUCAUUUACUCUGUUCCUAAGCAAAGACUGGUGACUUUAUCUGAAAAUGAUUCCUCUUCACAUGACCUAAAACACUGUGUGGAAAAAUCAUUCAAGUGGCAUGCCAAAUCCCUAUGGAAGGAAGGGCUUCUGUCAAACCUACCAUUUUUGAGCAGACUGAGGCUAAACUUCUCUUUUGAGAAUUAUGUGUUAUCGUCUUUAAUUCUAUUUUCAUAAUUUUUCCUUUUGCCAGUUUUUCACAUUAUCUUCGAUAUGUGAGCAACAUUUACUAUUUUGACUUGAAAUCAUUGUUUUUUAAAGCUUCUCUUGCUUCUUUCAUUACUUAUAAUCUUCUCUAAAACAACCUCUACAUGUUUUUUUUUAAUAAAGCACUUUCUGUCAAAUAAGGGACUUUUUUCUAAACACAAAUUAUUUUCCAUCAAUUUGCAAACAAUGAUUUCACUUAAAAAAUUUUUUUAAAUUAUCAGAGUAGUUAGUAAAUGUCAUAUAGUUAAGUUCUAAGAUAUUUCCAGGGAUUAAAAGGUUAAGAGGAAAACACAAAUCACCAAAUUUCUGAUUUAGGUUUUUAUCUCCUGAACAAUAUUUUUCACUAUAUUCUUCUAUCUCAUCACUUAGCUAAAGACAGCCUGAAUUUCCCAAUUUUCUGUCCAAAAUACUUGUGAUUUACUUGUAUAUAAGCCUUCUGAUUUGCCGCGUGCCAUGAUCUUAGAAGUUAGUUGUUACUACACUUACCAUUUAUUCAGCUGGAUUGCUGAGAACAGUUCUGGAUUCUUAGAAUUAAGAUUAUUUUAUUAGUGCCCAGAAUUUCCACAUUUUGUGUUUUAUUGGCCCUUAUCUUCAGAUCUGUAACCGAUUUUCAGUCUUCUGGCAUAUAAUUUUUUUCACAGUUAUCCUUCUAUUAACAAAUUAUUUAUAUCUUUCCCAGUACAUUUUCACUUAGUUCUCUUGACCUUAAAUAUCUUUCAUAUGCAUUUUAGGAUAUUCUUUUCAAAUAUUUGUAGGACAACUUUGAAUCAAAAUAAAUUAUAUUCCUUCUCCAAUUUGAAGCAUUGAGGAUAAAUGACCAUUUGAGGCCUAACUGAUCUUUUCCUUCCAGGAGAAUUAUCUUACGUUCUGCUGUAUUUGUAUUUAGGCCAGUCUAUUGUAGGUUUUUCAACAUUUUCUACUAUUUGGAAAAUGAUAACAAAAGCCUUAGAAAAUUAAUAUGCCAGAUUAAAAUAACUGAAUAGUUUACUAUUUCAUUCAAGCAUGUUUAAAACAAAUAAUUUCCUUUCACCAGUUUUCUUAGUGGACUCUUGAAAAGUAGGAAAAGUGGAAAGUAUAUAUUAUUUUAAUAAAUUUUAAAUUAAAUUAUACAUCAGACUUAAAAUCUAUAAGAUACAAGCAAGCAACAUUAUUUUAAAUGACUUAAUUAUUUGCUAAUAUUCAUCUGAUAAUAAGUGUUUCUUAAAGUUGACAUUUAACUGCCAUCACAAAAUUUUACAUGUACAAAAGUGGGUCCUUUUGAAUAAAAGAUUAUUCAGCUAAAAAUA